AUCUGGGUGAGCGAUGUGUCAAUAUUACCUGAGCGACUGGUCCCACUCAAAAGAGCAAAGUGACAUUCGGCCAACUUCAGUUUCGUAAUCCUGAGCCCAUGAAAAAGUUCAAAAGAUUGCAUAAAACAUUCUUUGUCCAGCUUUUACAUUCAUUUUACAAACACCAGCCCCACCAGUCUUAAUAUGAAAGUUAUCUUUGGAGGCUAAAGGCUGAGUAAAGAAAGUGAACUAAACAUGAACACUUCAAACACCUUAACUGGCUAAUUGGGUUGAAUUAUUUAUACGUUUUUACAUAAUUUUCAGACAAAAUAUAUUUUUCCGAUAUUUAGAACAUUACAUUUAAAAAUUUAAAAAUGGAUAAUGAUGAAAUGACUUUCAAUACAAAUAAUUUAGGAAUAGAUGAAGCUUUUGUCAAAAUAACAACAGAUUCGUUUAUACAUCUUUACAAAUUAGUGGAUGAGUGCUACAAAUGCCCAUUUACCUAUGUGGAUUAUGUGAAUGACACUCGAGUUUUAAAAGCGUCGACAAAAUUUGGUACGUCUUUUCGCCUUUAUACGAGGAAAGAGCCUUUCAUCGGAGACAAAGAUGUUCAGGAUAUGGUUUGCGAAGUCAGGCCUAGGAAUUUCGGCCCUUUUGGAGUGUACGACAUUCAAAAUUUCGGUUCCAAUUGUACGAUCGCGACGAAAAAAUCCCCAACGUCUCAAUUUUAUCUUCCAUUAUACGUAACAGCCUUAGUACUUUUUAUAAUCACACUUAUUUGGAACAUAGCUACUUCAAAAGGGUUUAGAAAAGAAGGAAACGAUGACCAAAGCGAAAAAAGAAGUAAAAGACUAGCUUCGCUAGAUGCAUUUAGAGGCAUGUGUAUAGUUUUAAUGAUUUUUGUUAAUGAUGGGUCAGGAGGGUAUGAAAUCAUUGAUCAUACAACUUGGAAUGGCCUUCAUCUUGCAGACGUUUUAUUCCCUUGGUUUCUAUGGAUCAUGGGAGUGUGCAUUCCUAUUUCGAUAAAAUCACAGAUUAAAAGAAAAGUUCGAAGAUGGAAAAUUCUUACAACAAUUGUUCAGAGAUCUUUGAUUCUUUUUAUUUUGGGUCUGAUGUUAAAUUCAAUUGGAAAAGUAGCCCAACUUGAAACUUUCAGAUUGUUUGGAGUUCUUCAAAGAUUCUCAGUUUCUUAUUUUGUCGUCUCGACGCUGGUGACACUUCUCAUGGUUGACUUAAGAAGUGGAAGGUAUAAUUUCUGCGGCCCUUUGACUGAUGUAGUGAAUCUGUCAAUUAUCUGGGUUCUCAUGGUGCUACUCGUCGCUGGGCAGACUUAUCUCGUGUUUUUUUACCCUGUGCCUAACUGCCCCACGGGUUAUUUAGGACCUGGAGGACUUCAUCAAGACAAAAUGUAUGAACACUGCAUAGGUGGAUUUUCUGGAUAUUUUGAUAAGUUGGUUUUGCGUAAAGAACACCUUUUCCAAAAUCCCACUGCAAACCAGAUUUAUCACUCUGGCCCUUUUGAACCUGAAGGACCUUUCGGUUGCUUAUUGACAAUAUUUCAAGUCUUUCUUGGAGUUCAGGCGGGUGUGAUUAUACUUACAUUUUCUGAUGGGUUUAAGAGAAUUAAAAGGUGGCUCAUUUGGGGAGUUGUUGUUUUUAUUUUCGGCGUUGUUUUGUGCCAAGGAAGAAUAGAAGGCGGUUGGAUUCCUAUAAAUAAAAAUCUAUGGUCUCUCUCUUUUGUUUUUUUGACUUCUGGUCUUGCUUUUUUAUUGUUCAGCCUGUUUUACUAUUUGAUCGAUCACUUGCGUUGCUGGACCGGCUCUCCUUUUAUUUAUCCAGGUAUGAAUUCAAUAUUACUGUACAUCGGUCAUGAAGUCGCUUAUGAUUUAUUCCCCUGGCAUUGGAGGUUCGGACCGAUGAACAACCACUUAAUCGUCAUGCUGGAAGCAGUAUGGGGUACGCUUCUUUGGGUUUUGAUCUCUUAUGUGCUUUACAAGAAGAAAAUCUUUUUAAAAUUGUGA